GCAGCUCGAACCAACAUGAAGGUGUCCAACUUCCUGCUCGGCCUCGCCAUGGUGGCCGUGGUUGCGGCGGCGCAGGCUGGCGGGCCGGUGCCCGCGCGCACCCUGCAGCGGCGACGGCUGGGACUGGCAGCUGCUGCCCCGCAGGACUGCGGCGGCCAGGUGCAGCGGUGCGUCGACUGCUUCACGACGCUGCAGUGCACCAGACUGGGCAACAUUUACCGGCCUCUGACAACCACAGCAUGCCCGGCUGCAACCCCCUACUGUUCGGCAGGCGCUUGCGUGGCCACGCCACCGGACGACUCCUGCGUCAGCGCGCCGUCCGCAUCAAGCGACUUCGUUUGCAACGGCGAUGGGUACUACCCAGACCCGUCCUCCUGCCAGCGCUACUGGAUGUGCGUGGCCGGGAAGGCGUACCAAUACAGGUGCAGCGACCGCACAGUGUACAGUCAAAGACACGCCAUGUGCGUCCCAAGUUCCGAGGCGACGUGCACCACUGUGUCGUGCUCCGCGGCCCUGGUGGGCGUGUACCAGCGCUACGCCGCGGACCCCGAGGUGUACGUGGUGUGCCGCGACGCCGUGGCCGCCAACGCCCUGGUGGCCGCCUGCCCGCCGAGCUUCACCGUGGACGCCGCCUCCGGGGCCUGCGUGCUGACGUGCCUCGCCGAGGGCCGACUGGCAGACCGGGACAACAGCACAAGGUACUACGAGUGUAUCCAGACUGGAACUGACACCUUCUCCCAACCACGGCUUCUCCAAUGUCCCCCGGGCUCCACCUUCAGCGCAGAACGGCAGCGUUGCUUGACCGGCAACGAAGACAGGGCCUGGGACGACGACAGCAAGACGUACAAUGAAGACUACUAUGUGCCGGACGCUAGCGUACCCGAGACGGAGUACAACAUUCCCGACAAUCUCUUGAUCGGAGCAGCCUCUGCUGCGUAUCAAGUCGAGGGCGCGUGGAACGAGUCAGACAAGGCGCCGAGCAUUUUGGACGUGUUUUACCACUCGCGUCCCGGCACACCGAAUGGCGAUGUAGCAGACGACUCAUACCACAAGUUCAUGGAUGACGUCGAAAUGCUCAAGGCCCUGAAGAUGCAGUUCUACCGUUUCUCCAUUAGUUGGCCUCGAUUGCUUCCACACGGCGACAGCGCGCAGCCCAGUGCCGUGGGGACACAGUACUACAACGCGCUGAUCGACGCCCUCGUGGCCAACGGCAUUCAACCAGUGGUCACUCUUCUGCACGGAGAUUUGCCCCAAAGUAUUCAAAAUGGCGGCGGCUGGCUCACCGCCAACAUUCAGGAGCAGUUCGUUGACUACGCUUCAUACUGCUUCCAGACGUUCGGGGACCGGGUGAAGAACUGGAUCAUCAUGAACGAGCCCAGUUCGCAGUGCGUCUAUGGGUACGAAAGCGGCGUCGCGGCGCCGGGGGUGGCUUUGCCCGGCGAGGGCGGCUACCUCUGCAGCCACAACAUGGUCCUCGCGCACGCCAAGACCUACCGCGCCUACCAGGCAAACUUCGCCCACCAAGGCGGCCGCCUCGGCUCGGCCGUCAACUUAGAGUUUCCCGAGCCAGCUUCGUCCAGACAGGAAGACAUAGACGCAGCCGAGCGAUUCCGCCUAUGGAGGUACGGCUGGUUUGCGGACCCGCUCUAUUUCGGAGACUACCCGGCCGAGAUGAAGGACAUCAUUGGCAACCUCAGCGCGGCCGAGGGCCGCCAAAGCUCGAGACUGCCCAGCUUCACUGAAGAAGAAAAGACUCUUCUUAAAGGUGCCAUGGACUUCCUGGGUGUCAACCUGUACACCGCUACGAUCGCUUCAGCCGCGACACCAAAUGCACAGCCCUCGCCAGGAUACGACAACGAUAUGCAGCUCAGCGUCAGCCCUGACCCCAGCUGGAUCCAGAGUGCCAGGGCGUCUUUCCCGGUAACACCUUUCGCACUAGGUGACAUGGUCAGGUGGAUGAAAGCCCGUUAUAACAACUUCCCCGUCUGGGUGACCGAGAAUGGCUAUGCCGGCGACGAAAACGAGGGAAUUAAGGACCAGAAGCGCAUCGGCUACUACAGCGGUUACAUGCGAAGCCUGAUGCAAGCGAUCAACAGGGACCAUUGCAACGUGAUUGGGUACACGGCUUGGUCCCUUGAAGACAACCUCGAAUGGGGCGACGGAUACACGCUGAAGUUUGGCCUCGUCUACGUUGACUUCAGCGAUCCCAACCGCCCGAGGAAGCUGAAGGACUCCUCGUCGUUUUUCCAAACAGUCCUGAAUAACCGGCAUGUCCACUAUGUUGAAGCGACUUGAUGCAAUGUUAAUCAAUGAAUGACACGUCGCAAUCGUUGAAAUAAAUUUUGUCACGAUCGUUUGAAUACGAUGUCACAACAUAACACGACCGUUGAAUUAGAGUGUCACAUUCAUUGAAUAAUGGUAUACAAGCAAUAAAUGCUAAUAAUCAAAUGA